AUGAAAGUGUAUAAAGAAAAUAGGAAAUUUAUCAAAUCUUGGCUUCUACACCUGUUGACAAUAAUAUGCAUUCACACAAAUGUUUUUAAUAUAGCUUUAGUCGCUAGUCAGGUACUAAAUAAUAAAAAUAAUGAGCCUAUGUUUAUAUCGAGGUCAGAAGCUUUCAAAUUUGCUGUCGGUGAUACGAUAACAUUGCCAUGUGAGGUCACGCAUCCUGGCUCAUACAUGCUGGCAUGGAAGCGAGGCAUAGCAAUAUUAACAGUAGGCCAAGUUAAAGUCAGCCCAGAUCCUAGAGUAAGAUUAGUUAAUGGAAAUACUUUACAAAUCCGUGAUGCUGUACCCUCAGACGCUGGAGAUUAUAUUUGUCAAAUUGCCUCGUUUGAGCCACAAGAGAUAACGCAUCAUGUGGAGAUUUUAAGUAAGAAUAAGAUACAUGUUGCUCUACUUCCAUUCGACGACGACGACGACUAUGAAUUGAGAAGCAAAAAAAAAACUUUAAUUUAUUGCAUCAAUAAAUAUCAAUUAUUCUUUACUUUCUACAUAUCAUGUCCAUGUGUGUGGACGGUAAUACAUGAGGAUCAUUAG